AUGUCGGUCGUGACCAAUAACUUUCUUCGAUUCAAGCCCUUGCUGCUCGACGAGGACUCUGACGACGAUGACAUGCGGUCUACCGUGUCCUCGCUCUUCAGCUCUCCCAGCGACAUCGAUAUGAGCUCAGGGACUUCCUACACCACGGACUCGAACAGGUCAGACUCCCCAGCACCUUCGGUGCUGUCCAUGACCUCGUCAAUGGAAGCAGCGACAUUCAAGAUUGAGUACGGUCGCGCGAUAAACAGCACCUCGGACGUCUAUGGCUUACCUGCAGACGACGAGGAGCUCGAUCGUUUGGAUCGACAGCACCUCCUCUUUAUCCAGGUCAUGGGUAAAUGCCCACGCGUGGUUCGAGAAUAUCUUACUCCAGCUUUCCCUGGAGACCUCAGGAAUGUCCUGGACUUGGGAUGUGGAAGUGGAACAUGGAUCAUGGAAAUAGCACGCGACUUUCCCAAUUGUGACGCUGUGGGCGUGGACUUGGUCCCAAUGCAGUCCCCCCCAAACAGGAGCGAAGUCGAUGACAUCAACCUCGGCCUGCAGCACUUCUGCGACGACUUUGAUUUCGUCCACGCUCGGCUCAUUUCGUCUGGGGUAAGAACUGUUGGAACGAUAGUAGCACGGACGCUGAAACCGGGAGGCUACAUCGAGCUGAUGGAAUUCGACUUCCACUCGUACAACAAAAGGCUUCAGCAGAUAUCUGUGCCGGUUGGGGCUUUGAAGCAACCGUGGUGGCCGCGGUGGCUCGCGUACGCGGAGACGGCGGUGGAUCAGCGUGGCGGGACCCCGGAUGCUGCGAACCACCUGCAGGAAUGGGCUGAGAGGCAUGGUGCGUUCGACGAGGUGAUUUACCAAGACCACUGGAUCCCGACUGCGCCGUGGUGCAUGCAAGCGCCAUGGAAACAUUGGGGCGAUGAGAUGCGCGAGGAUAUCUAUGCUUUCAUGGCUUCUGGAAGGGUGCCGGAAAGUGUUGUGAAUGAGCUGGAAGAGAAGGCGACGGAGGAGCUGGGGGGCGCGAGGUAUGGGACGUACAUUCGUCUGCAACGGGUGAUUGCGCGCAAGCGGCAGGGUUGGAUUGCGCCAGAGGUGGUCUUCGAGCAGGAGCGGCUACGUCGGCAGCAGGAGGAGGAGCAGCAACAACAACAAUCUUUCCAAGCCAUGACCAUUUAG